UGUAAAUAUUGAGUGCCCGAGAGUCCUUUAUCACACUUCCAUCAUUUUUUCUGUGAAAUUCUACGACAUAAUUACAUGAUUAAUCGGGCGUUUUAAAUUUACAGUCAGUACUUUUCCGCUAAGCUUUCAUCAGCCUUCCACGCCACCUUGUUAAUUUUCGUACCGUGUAAGCUAAUCUAAGUGCUUUUUACUGAGAAACCUCUCUAGUCAUUCCUCGCAUCUCGCUUUGUGCCUAGUAUCACGCAACUUUCGUUUCGCUUUUUCAUUUUUCCCAUUGAGUCUUCGAACAAUGCGACACUUUCUUGCAUCUUUCCAUUUUUCUACGCGUUCGUAACGUCUUGAGUUGGAGCGUGAAGAGCUAUACCCGAAGAUGAUGUCUGACUAGGUCGCGAGUACGGUAGGCCUUCAAGAGGUCUACAACCCAGGAACACAACACAAUGACGAUGGAGACGAUCGGGGACUACGAGUACAACUCCCGGGAUCUCAUCGGACAUGGAGCUUUUGCAGUCGUCUACAAAGGGAGACUUAAAAAGAAUCCAAAAUCUGUUGUGGCCAUCAAGAGUAUAACUAAGAAGAAUCUCGCCAAGUCUCAAAACUUGCUUGCUAAGGAAAUCAAAAUUUUGAAAGAACUGACAGAACUACACCAUGAAAAUGUUGUGGCUUUAUUGGAUUGCAAGGAGUCUUCAAUGCAUGUCUUCCUGGUCAUGGAGUUUUGCAAUGGAGGGGAUCUGGCAGAUUAUUUAACAGAAAAAGGAACUUUAAGUGAAGAUACCAUCAGACUCUUUCUUACACAACUAGCUGGAGCUAUGAAAGCUCUCCAUGCAAAAGGUGUUGUCCAUCGAGACCUGAAACCUCAAAAUAUUUUGUUAAGUCACGCUGGAACAAAACCUUAUCCGCAGCCUCAACACAUUCGCCUAAAAAUAGCUGACUUUGGUUUUGCACGAUUCUUACAAGAUGGGGUUAUGGCAGCUACUCUUUGUGGGUCUCCCAUGUACAUGGCUCCUGAAGUAAUAAUGUCUCUCCAGUAUGAUGCCAAAGCUGAUUUGUGGAGUUUAGGUACGAUUGUUUUCCAAUGCCUCACUGGGAAAGCACCGUUCCAAGCUCAAACACCACAAGUACUCAAAAAGUUCUACGAACAAAAUCCCAAUUUGGCACCUAAGAUUCCAAGUGGAACUUCACCAGAACUAACAAAUCUACUUCAAGGAUUACUGCGACGGAACGCUGCUGAGCGAAUGGAUUUUGAUGUGUUUUUCAAUCAUGCCUUCCUGCAUCCGCCCCCGCAGCCAAAUCAGCCGACACCAUUGGCCACAAGCCCAGUUCAUGAACCUGGUUUUCCUGUUUGCAUCAGUCCAGAUGGAUCAGAUGAUUUUGUUCUUGUGCCAUCAAAUUUGCCUACUGACAAACAUGCUCGAGAAACUGCAACUGGUCCUCAUCGGCCCAGCUCACUCUCUAUUCCCGUGCCGAUUCCCGUUCCAAACCAGUCGUUGAAUCAACAAACCAGUGCAAACUCACCCACGAAGAACUCAGUUCCAAGAUCUCAACCAAUUAGCAUGCAGCGCUAUAAUAACACCCCGCCGGAUAUUCAUUCUAUCUCACCGCCAUCUGUGCAGUUUGUACUGGGAACUCCUCCUGGAAGUCGAAACCCACCGCCUACUCCUCCUCCAGUUAAUACUUGGACUGUCACGCCAACCAAUUCUCCGUUGCGCAAAUCAGUUUUCAGUGCUCCUUUAGUCAGCGGAGGUGCUAUUCCGGCAUUAAACUCAAAUAAUCUUCCUUUAGUUCCAUUUAGUUCAAGAGCCAUGACCUUGCCAGAGUUAGGUGGCACGGAAGGCAUAAUGACUUUCAACCUGCCUGAACUAUCCCCAGAAACAAUCUUAGAACGCGAGCACAAUGAAACACUGGCCAAGUUAAACUUUGUCCUAGCUUUAGUCGAUUGUGUCAUAGAUGUCUCGCAAUCUCGGAACAGGACAGAGCGACUGGUCCUCUUGGUUCGUGCACUGCAGCUACUCAGCUCUGCACUAACACUAGCAACAAAUCAGCUCAGAUCUGGGCAACUUCAACCUUCAUCGUCAGUCAAAAAUGUUGUGAAGCUUUUGAAUGUCCGAUUCCGGCAGUGUCUCGGCGAUUGCAAACAACUGAACUCUCCUGGUAUUCUACAGAACGCAAGCGCAACAGCUGAUAAGAUUUUAUACAAUCAUGCCAUUCAAAUGUGCCAGUCAGCAGCUUUAGAUGAAUUGUUUGGCAAUCCAACUGAGUGUUUCCAAAGGUACCAGACAGCGCAGAUUCUUCUCCAUAGUCUCUCUCAGCAGGUUAAUCAUCACCAGGACAAAGCCCUCUUGACAAAAUACCGUGAUGCUGUGGAAAAAAGGCUGUGCGUUCUUCAGCAACAAGGUUACGUGUACUCAAAUAACACAAACUACGAGGAUGACUAAAAGUGUCCAAGUAUUACAUCCUGGCAGUUAUUUGAUAACUGGGCUGGUCAAAACAAAAAUAACUUCUGGUGCGCUUUUUUCAACUGUACUUAGCGUUUUCUUCAGACUUGGUGACGGCUGUUGUAUCAGUUUCAUAAGAAAAUGAAGGACCCCAGUUGCCCAAGAAAAGCUUAAGUUGAAUGACUAACUCAUAGAUUGUUCCAAGUUUCAAAAGAUCAAUUUUCUCGCUCAAUUUUAUUUUAUUUAUUUUUUUUUUUUUUAAAAAAAAAAGAAAGAAACCUACUCCUAAAAUUAGAGAUGGAAAUUGACACUUUCAACUCUCCCUCUUGUCUGUCGCCAAGAAAGCAGCAGCAAAUCCUGCUCCGUGAUAGAAUGGUAUGUCCUUUUAUUCCUUUAGGCAGAAACACAAUAUCUUCAGAGGAAGGAAGAUAGUAGCAUUUUAAACCAUGUUCACCGUAUAAGGAUGUUUUGAAUUAGUGAUCUUUAUAUAGUUUCUCUGUCAAAAAAGAAUGGCCUGGCAAUUGAGUCAUGAUACGUUUCCAGGACCUUAAAGUGAAAAUUUAUGCAUGAAGGUAAAUGUACCCUAAAACGAAGCUUAAGAACCAAGUAAGAUGCUUAAUUUUCUCUGUAAAUUCAUGUUGCCCGUUUUUUGAAGUUGGCUCCUUUAUUUGUACGCUUUGCAGCAAUUCCUUCCAUUGUUUCAUAGGAAUUUAUGUCAUGAAAUAAUGCUAAGCAGAUUGAGGUGAAUGAGGCUAGGUGCAGAAAUGUCAAGCAAGACCUGCGGAGGGAUAAAAGUUUUGCUGGAAAGUUGAGUGCCCGCAACAGCAAUUCCCGGGAAAGAUCCUGUUUUCCACUUAGGUGCAAACGAUUAAUGUCUUUAGGGAUAAAUGUUUUUUGUGUGAUUUUUUUCCCCUGGAAAAGUGAUUCCAAGAGAUCCAGGGAGAAGAACUGCUAUCACAUUGCGCUGCUCCACGGUCUGUAUCUUUGAGAAACAAUAAUUAUUGAAAUGUACAAGUCAAUGCAAGAAACUGAUCCUUAACAGGUAGCAACAUUAAUACUAAAUAGUAUGACAUCUUCGUAAGGAUAUAUUGAAAAUUUAUAUUGGAAACCACCAUAACUGACAUUGCUCAUUAUUGACUCAAUGUGUACGAGAGAGGUAGCCAGUGUAUUUUUUCAACAAGUUUUCACAAAUUUGAUGUCAUGCCUGGUGCUUAGUAUUAAUGUUGCUACACCUUAUGAAUCAGUGUCUUGCACUAACUUGUGCAUUGUGAUAAUUAUUGCUCCUCAAAGACACAGACUGUGUAGCAGUGGAUCUAGUCCCUGGAUCACUUGAAUCACCCUUAGUUUCCCGGAAAUGCUUCAGAAAACAGAAAAGUUUCCACUUCCAUCCCAAGGCCUGCUCAAUGAGAGAUGUCUCGCUAAAAGUUCACCUUCCUACUUGGCUUACUGUUUGAUCAUCUAUUUUUAGACAAAUGUUCAUAGAUGCCUAUCUAGUUUUUAAAUGCGUUAAAAGUGAGAUAACUUACCUGUUCUAGCUGUUAAGUUACGGCAAAUGUUGCUUGCUUUUGUUUAAAAAGUGACUUACUUGUUUUUUCUUUUUUUUACCAGUGAAAUCAAGUGUUGAUACUAUUUGCGAGGGCAUUUUUUUUAAGGCACUGCUUAUUUUUCUGUGUCAACAAAUUCUUAGUUGUAAACGUACGUAAUUCCUUGUACAAAGUGAUUGGAAUCAAAUUUAGAAUGCAAUGUUUGGUUCAAAACUUUCGUUUCCUAUGCGUGCUUAGUAGUAAGAGACUUUUGAACAAUGUAAAUAGCAGUGAGAGACGUUUUAAAAUGAUUAUCAAGUCAAAAUUAGACCUUAUUUUUCAAAUUCUUUAAAAUUUUAAAUUUGUGCAAUCAUUUUCUUGUUUUCCUUCUUAAUCCUAUAAAUAUAAUUUUUACAAAA